AUGCCAAGUGCCGAGAUGUUGUGCGUGUGGUCGUUGUCUGGGCAGGAAAUUCUGGCCAUACCUUUUGCAGAUCUGCCAGACCUUCUGAAGGGAGCCAGCCCUACAGUGUGCUCCUUGAAGAGACACCUUAAUUUGCGUUGCCGGUGUGGAGUUUCACGUUUCCAGCUACGGCUUACAGCAACCGACGGAACUCUGUUGGGUGAUGAGGAGGAGCUGACAUCCCCUAUGGAUCUUCAGCUUGUUGUGCAGGACUUCAUCAAGCCCAACAGAAAGCAAGUAAAGGAGCUUAAGGCGGCGGUUGCUGGUGGCCUGGCGUCAGAGGUGGAAGCCAUACUUCAGAGGCCCCAGGAUCCGACCAUCCAGGUGAAGAGGCCUACACCCCUGGAGUACGCGAGCUAUGAAGGGAGAGCAGAUCUCGUCAGUUUGCUUUUGGAAGCAGUUCCGGCGGAGAAGAGGAGCUGGUGGAUUGACUCUCCAGGCCACGCAUGCCUGGUCAGCGCGGCCAAUGGCCAUGGGAAUGGAGACCAGCAGGAAGUCCUGCGUCUCCUCCUCCAGGCCAAGGCGAACGUGAACAGGGGCUGCAGGUCUGUCCCGAUGGGCUGCGAGAUGGGCAGGGCCUAUGAGCAUGCCACGCCUUUGGGCUGGGCGAUUUGGGAGCUCAAUGUGGGAGCCGUGGAGAUCUUCCUAGAGGCCAAGGCCGACAUCAACCAACGGUGCUGGCAACUUGGGCCUACCCCUCUGGCUGCAGCAGCCAAGCUAGGGGACGUUCGUUUGGAGCAGUUGCUGCUACAGGCUGACGCCCGCAACGACGAGGUGUCCUCGUAA